GAAGUAUAAAGCACUAAGUGUAAAAUCAGCCAAUCAGUGAUGGGAUUGUUGUUCUGGCGGCUUCUUCUGGUUUUGAUGGGUUGUGUCUUGGUCCGCCACACUGUCUCAUCAGACGCAUGUGAGCCUAACCCUUGCCGUAAUGGUGGGUCUUGCAAUCGCACUGGAUAUGGAUCUGAAUUUGGAUUAGACUUCGAGUGCAGUUGUCCCAUACGUUAUUAUGGAAUAAUUUGCCAUUAUGACAAAUGUGACCCUGGCGAAUACCCCUGCUUUAAUAAUGGCACUUGCAUAAUGUCAUAUGAUAAUAUACAUCAUAGUUACAAACAGGCAUGCAAGUGUACUGCUAAUUUUCAUGGAGACUAUUGUGACUUAGUGACAUGUGGAGCAAAUGCCCUGUGUAUUCAUCCAGGCACAUCUAAAAUAUUGCAUACUCGGGAAUGUCCAGCAGUACAUGUAAAUGGCUACAAAUGUGUUUGCAAUUCUGGUUAUGCAGGAGAUGGAAUAAACUGCACAAAGAUGUGUGGGGCAAAUGCCACAUGUAUUAAUACAGGCAAUUGUGAAAGAGGGCCCAGUGACCACUGCAAUGAAGAUCUUGGAUUCAAAUGUGUUUGCAAUCAUGGAUAUGAAGGGGACGGAGUUGUUUGUAUCAAGAAGUGUGAUACAAAUGCCAUGUGUAUUGAUUCAAACACGUCUCAAAUAUUGCCUACUGAUCAUUGCUUUGAACCCAUGGGCCUCAAAUGUGUUUGCAAUCAAGGUUAUGAAGGGGACGGAUUUACUUGCAAGAGUGAGUUCCACAAAUUCUUCAGAUAAUUGAAUGGGUCAGAAAUAUGUGAUUUUAAAUAAUUAUAAUCAAAGCUUAGUCAACUUCAUAUUUUAUCAAUUUAAAUAUUCAAUUUUAGGUAAAACAUGUAUUGUGACAAAUGAUCGCUGGUAUGAAAUUAACAUUUUGAUUAAAAUGCUGUUGUGUUUUAUAAAGCAUGAAGGUUUGAUCCUGCAAUUAAGUAUAUAUUCAGCCUGGAUUAUUUAAUAUAUGCAGUGCAAUAUUUGCAGGUACUAGUAGUCUUUGUGUUCAAUGUAAGGUACUCAAUAACCAAUAAUUAACGACCACUGUUUUAUCAUUAUUUUAAAGAUUUUUUUUUUUUUUUUUUUUUGUUUAAGAAGUAUACAUUAAGAUAUUUAAUGGUGUACAAUGAAUGAACCAAAAUGAAAUCAUACUGCUCAUUUACUUUUUCAUUUCUUACAGGGACCACUGUAUAAACUUUCCUGAAAUCAAUAUCAUGAAGUAAUUGUUCAAAAAGGAAACUAGAGCUGUAUUAUUAUAUUAUCUAGAAUCACAGAUGGAAGAAAGAUUUAUUUACAGAAGCAUUGAAUUUAGUGUAUGAAUUUUGUUUCAUACAGAUGAAAAUAAAACAUUGACGGCAUUGCAUUUGGUACUUUUUUUAUGUUCUCAUAUUGUCAACAGAUAUAAAGGGCUACUCAAUUGGACUUUCUUACCAAAAUAAAUUUUUCUGAGGUAAAGAGCAAGGCCUGUCCCAGCAUUUGGAUUCAAUGUUUUAUUUCAUUAAUUGAAGACUUUGAUUAAAAUGACUAAGCAGUCAUAAUAAAUGAUGUUUGUGGUCACAA